ACAAUACUUCAAAGCUUGAAUAUAUUAUUGCAAAGACAUUCAAAAACUGUUACUGAUUUUGACUUACUAGAUUUGUUUCCUGAGACCAAUAAAACCGAAUUGCCUACUGUGCUUAUUGAAGAGCUUUCUUAUAACUUUACUAUAGCUGAUCUUAAUAAAGCAAAUACAUUAAAUGAGAUACAACUUGCUAUAUUUGACAAAACACUUAGUCUUAUAGAGUAUCGCAAAAAUGGUAUGCUAUUUGUUAACAGACCAGCCAGAAGUAGUAAAACCUACCUUUAUGAUUGUCUUCUUACACAUAUACGUGUCAACAAUCAA